UUGUUGGUCAAUCCCACUCCGCAACUCAAUCUAACGGCUCAUUCGCAAAGUACCGCAACAUCUCAUAGCAGUUCCCAGCCACCUAAAACCGCUCAAAGCAAAAAUCUCACUCGAGCACACACAGAGAAAAGAGGAUGGAGAAGGAGAGAGAGCAGCAGGUUUACUUGGCUAGGCUUGCAGAGCAAGCCGAGAGAUACGAUGAGAUGGUUGAAGCAAUGAAGAAAGUUGCUAGGUUGGAUGUAGAAUUGACAGUGGAGGAGAGGAAUCUGGUUUCUGUUGGGUACAAAAAUGUCAUUGGAGCAAGAAGGGCAUCUUGGCGGAUAUUGUCUUCCAUUGAACAAAAGGAGGAGGCGAAGGGGAAUGAACAAAAUGUGAAGAGGAUAAAGGAGUAUCGGCAAAGGGUUGAAGAUGAGCUUGCAAAGAUCUGCAAUGACAUAUUAUCUGUGAUUGAUCAACAUCUUCUUCCCUCCUCCACCUCAGGGGAAUCAACUGUUUUUUACUAUAAGAUGAAAGGAGACUAUUAUCGUUAUUUGGCUGAGUUUAAAGCUGGUGACGAUCGUAAAGACGCUGCGGAUCAGUCCCUUAAGGCUUAUGAGGCUGCCACCUCUACUGCAUCCUCGGACCUACCCCCUACACAUCCAAUCAGACUUGGCCUGGCUCUGAACUUUUCUGUUUUCUAUUAUGAGAUUUUGAACUCCUCUGAAAGGGCCUGCCACCUGGCCAAACAAGCAUUUGAUGAAGCAAUAGCGGAACUUGAUAGCCUCAAUGAAGAAUCCUACAAGGACAGCACCCUUAUCAUGCAGCUUCUGAGGGAUAAUCUCACUUUGUGGACCUCAGAUCUGCCAGAGGAGGGAGGCGAGCAAGCUAAAGGUGAUGAACCUCAAGCUGAGAAGUAGUUGGGAUAGAAGAUAUUGAUUUUUUCAGACUGGGUUCAUUGGAGAGGAAAAGACGAGCUAGAGUGACCAUUUGUCUCGUGUGUAUUUGCUCUGAGCAGAUGCUUCCAGACUAUGGUUGUCUUCUUUGCUUUUAGAACAUAAUUGAACUUGCUACUUGCAUAUUUGUGGUAUACUUUUUAAAUCCAUAGCUUUAACGACUUGUUAGGUCGGUCCCUUCCUGUAUGCCUAUCUACUUUCUGUUUUAAGUAUGCCAUUUUCACUUAAAUUUUUUCUUUCA